CUAGGCCCCUGGUGCGUAGGCGCGACCAGGGGCCGAAUGCCCAGGACAUGGCAAGCAGCUGGCCCUUGAUGCAUGCGAUGGAGCUUCUACCGCGCGGCGCUGUUCGGGCUGCUGGAGCACGUGCUGGCGGCGCCAGACCCGCAGCUGGCGGAGCGGCUGGACUUGGUGGUGUCGCGGCACCUGGCGCGACUGGACGAGCCGCAGUUCCAGCAGCAACCCCCGCCCACCAGCCCGGCCGCAAACGACGGCCGUGGCGCCGGCAUGAGCCCGCUGAGGCUGACGCCAGCGCGUGGCGACCCGGCCUUUGCCCCCAUGCAUGCUUCGCCGGGCCAGCCUGCUGCGGCUGCGGCUGCGGCCGGCGCGCAGGUGCCCCCACGGGACGACCCUGCGGCCUACCGCGGCGGCCAGCGGCUGCUACGCCUUUUGCGCACCGCCUGGUUCAAGUGCCCCGACGCGCCGCGGCCGUCCGACGUGUCCAGCCUGGAGCGCCUCUUUAACAGCGUCGAGCAGAGCGGUGAGGUGAUCCGCUUCGCACGCAGCCUGACGGCGCGGGAGCUGAUGGCGGCGGAGGAGUUAUACACUCCCUUCAUUCCCGGCUGCGGAGGGGACUACACGGGCCUGACUCUGCGCCAGAUCUGUGAGCGGCACGUGCUGCCCAUGGGCGUGGAGGUUGAGCAGCUGCAGAUCAUCGCGGCCUGCACGGCGCUGGGUGUGACGCUGGCGGUGCUGGACGUGGCGGGCAGUGCGGUGGGAGCCAUCAAGCACGGCCCCGCGGCGCAGCAGCAUGGCCCGCCGGUGGCCUGGGUGGCGCACCUGCCCGGCCAUUACGACGUUAUCUACCCCGCACGGCCGUUGGACGUGGCGCCGGGGGGGCAACUAGUGGCGGCAAUUAUAUAAAGCGAGGCGAGUAUGUAACUGUGCCUCGCGUGGAGGACGUCAGUAUGGUGCGAAGUGGUAUGAGGGCCCAGGUGUAAGGGUGCUCUCGCCCCCGCCCCCGUUGUCAAAGCACAGGCCACGCUCUUCUCCUUGCUCUUUUGCAUUGGGUUCGCUUCAGUUUGGGCUGGUAUCUACACCUUCCCCCCUCCUGCUCUCGCCACUUCAUUUGGAAUACGGGCAGGCUGCGGUUGCCGUGUGCCGUGCCUGGUUCAGGGAAUGGCCCACAGCUGUAACCAUUCGAUGCUAUAAGACUGCAGACUUGCGACAUGGAUGCAGCGGCAGCAGACGGUAUGGCAGGUUUGCGAGUGACAUUGGGAGUCUUUGGCGCCAGCCCCAGUGCACGGGCUGAAAACCGCCUUGAGACCCGCACUGCAUUGCGGGCCCACAUUUGCAAUGGUGACGGCACUGGCAUUUUGUCGAUGGCGUGUAAGUUUCAGGCGGCGGCCACGUCCACGCGUGACAGUGACGACCCCGGCAGCUUCUCCUUCGGUUGGCAUUAAGCUCUGUGCUUCAAGCUGUGUGCGCCCGCCGUGUAUCGUUGCUGUUGUGGCCACAAAGCACUACCGUACGCCGGGCCCAGCAGGGGGGAGCCGUUAGCAGAGCGGCGAGCGGGCGGCGGUGGCAGGAGUGGCAGAUAAGGGACUCCCUUGAUGGCGGAGUUUUGAGGUGUUACUUUGCGACGGAUAGAUGAGGCCGUGGUUGGAAAUGCUGUAGCAACUUUGGCGGGGCCAGGCGUGGCGGCAGAGGCUAGGACAGGGGCGACGGCAGCGACUAGGGCUGCAGUGUGGACGGCUGCCCACACCUGACAAUGAACCCGACGGCCUGGCAGGCUUUGUCAGCAGGGGACCUCUUGCACGGCCGUCGCUGCACCGCAAGAAGCUUUCUGCCCUGAUCAAAGCUGCAGGCUGCACAGCUGGCAUGGGUGGGUUGUGGGUGGCAAUGGGUCAGGCCAGUCCCAUUUAACAGCAUUGCGAAAGUGCGCAUGGCAGCGCUGCUGGGUGCGCACCCGUAGGAGGGUCCCGCGGACACCCCCUCUCAGCACCCAAUACUGGAUGCCUGUCCCGAUGGUUGUGUUGCUCGCUGUAGACUGAUGUACCUGAGAGACACAGGAGAUGGCUGAGCGACCGCGCUGAGCGACUGUGGACCCGCUAUCGUUGAGGGAAACGGUUCACGA